GCGAAUGUACGGGAGGCCGAGCGAUGCGCAAGGCUGGCAGCUGAAAUCGCCGCCCGGGCUGGCUCCAAGAGUGUCGCCGUCCUUUCCUGGUACAACGCCCAGGUGGUGGAGCUGAAAAGCGAGCUUCGCCGCCUUGGAGCAAAAGGUGUCCACGUUGGCUCCGUGGUUACGGCACAGGGCUCCGAGUGGGACUAUGUCCUCCUGUCCACCGUGCUUUCCAACGGCAGCGGCUUGACGGAGGCCGGGCAGAGGUUGGGUUGCCUUGCGGACAAGCACUUGCUCAACGUUGCGGUGAGCCGCGGCAGAGUAGGCCUGGUCGUGCUCGGAAGUCCCGAGGUGUUGCGACUGGACCGUCACUGGGCCGCCUUCCUGGAGCACUGCAAGGGCCUGGGCGGCAUUCUUCAGGACGGUGACUCUCCCGGUUUCUCCGGCAGAAGCCCAGGGCCAGGCGUCCCGGCAGUGCUCCAGCAAACCAGCAGCCAGGAUCCCUUUCGCAAAGUGUUGGAACAGUACAGGCAGCAGAAGGUCCAGGCUGCUGGCAGUCAGCAGUUUUACAAGCAGCUUGCCCGAGAGCCAUCACAGGCAACGUCGACAGCCAGCCCUUGUCCCUACCCGGCGGCAGAAGCCAGGGAGCUUUGCAUAAAAUUGCUGCCGGACGGCAAGGGCAGUACCUCCGAUGACCGGCCGCCCAACGAGUGCUUCAGAUUCCAAUGA